AUGGAAAUCGCUCCAAAUAAUGAUGUAAGCGCUUUUCCAUACAAUUAUUAUGUCAUGAUAUACUCUAUACCAUUCCUGGUGCACUUUGUGGUGGGAGAAACCGGUUCCAAUCAAGGUCGAGGUCAAGGUCGAGAUCAAGGUCGAGGCCGAGGUCGAGGUCGAGGUCAAGGUCGAGGUCAAGGUCAAGGUCGAGGUCAAGGUCGAGGUCAAGGUCGAGGCCGAGGUCGAGGUCGAGGUCGAGGUCAAGGUCAAGGUCGAGGUCAAGGUCGAGGUCAAGGUCGAGGUCAAGGUCGAGGUCAAGGUAGAGGUCAAGGUCAAGGUCAAGGUCGAGGUCAAGGUCGAGGUCAAGGUCGAGGUCAAGGUCGAGGUCAAGAUCGAUGUCAAGGUCAACGUCAAGGUCAAUGUCAAGGUCAAGGCCAACGUCAAGGUCAAUGUCAAGGUCAAGGUCAGGGUCAAGGUCGAGGUCAAGGUCAAGUUUGA